CCUUGCUCUAGUUUACUCCGAGACUUUGUGGAAGAACGAGGAGAGACCUGAACCUGAAUUCUACUCAGGAUUAAGUUGAAAUGCAUGAGGUCAGUUUACUCACCAGUAUGGAGAACACAUCAGACUUCGGCCUUUCAAAGAUCCUCGAGGAUGAAACAGAGACAGAGCCUGACCCAUCAGAGGCCUCAGACUUACUUAAGGAUAUAACAGAAGUUUCCCCAAGCAUUGUUGCCCCACAGCAACCACAAUCAAAGAAAAUGAGCCAUAGGAAAAUUGUGGCGAUUGUUCACGAAAAUGGGGAAAUUUGCCCCCGAACAUUUAACCAGCCAUGUGCUAAUGAAGGACAUGAUGACCCUUCAAUGAAUGAUUCUGAAGAUGGCGAUCUGGGAGGGAUGGCCUUCGGCAUGGGACGAUUUCCAGGUCCUGGCUACAGACAACCGUUCCCGGGCAUGCCAAGGUUCCCGGGACAAGGAGAUUUCUCCGGGUUAGAAAACAUGUCCGGAGGAAUGGACAUGUACAAUUUUUCCGGGGGAUUAGGGAUGGAGAGAUCUUUGGAUGAUAUUUUGCAGAAUGGAGAUGGAGGAAUGUUCUCCGGAGGGUUUCCGGGGUUCCCUUCUUUUCCUGGUAUGGGAGGACAAGGCUCAUCGUCACGUGACUCUGGGCUCAGUCUUCUGUCAGAGUCCAACCUAAACCUAGACGGAGAUGGGAUGGAUGGGAUGUUAGGAGGACAAUUCUCUAUACCAGGGAUGGGAGGAAUGAGAGGGUUUCCAGGGUUUGGUGGUUCUGGAGGGAUGGAUCUUAACUCCUUCUCAGGAAUACCGGGAAUGGGAGACUUUGGAGGUUCAGGGGGAGACACAAUGGGUUUCCAAGGGUUUCCUGGAAGUCAAUGUUUUCCUGGGAGUCAAGGGUUUCCUGGGAGUCAAGGUUUUCCUGGAAGUCAAGGGUUUCCUGGAAGUCAAGGGUUUCCUGGGAGUCAAGGGUUUUCUGGGAGUCAAGGAUUUCUUGGGAGCCAAGGGUUUCCUGGGAGUAUAGGAUUUCCUGGAACUCAAGGGUUUCCUGGGAGCCAUGGAUUUCCUGGCAUGGGGGGAGGUGGGUCCUCAAAUUAUUACCAACAACAGAUGGCAGAGAUGGUAAGUUAAUUUAGUAAAUUGAUAACUUCAUUGAUUAACAAAUUGUUUUCGUGAUUGAUUGAUUGAUUGAUUGAUUGUUGAAUUCUUGAAAUUACCUGGAAACUUUAAAAAAAAUUGAAAAUGAAUAAUUGAUUAAACCAAAAAAGGAGCCAGUGUAUUAAGUUAUAGAUAAGUUAUAUGAUGAUAAUGAGAGAAAAAAAUAAGAACAGCGUGUAUAAGGAUUAGUAGAGAGCUAGAACAAAGAAAAUAAAGGAUAAAUAGGAAUACGAAAAUAAAAGGAUUAGAAGAAAAGUGGAGAGAAGGAUUAGAGGAAAAAUAGGAUUAAGCUACAGAAAGAUUAGUGCAAAAAAAAAGAUUAAGCAAUAUGUAAAAAGCAGAAAUUUGAGUAAAAUUAGGAUUAUAAGCAAAGUUAGAUGAAGGUGCAAAAUUAUUUGAUCUGCUACAUAAUCCAUUCUUGAGAGAACGGA